GAGCCUUCAAAGCAAUUAUCACGUGGAUCGCAUGCCCUCCAUAGUUACCAUGUGGCCUCUUUCCUUCUGUGAAACUUUUCCCCGUAAAACUACAAAAGCCGCCCUCCUCUGGCCCUCCCUCUCCCCUCCAUAUCCCAUAAUCAUCCCCUAAUCUUGCUCCCUCCGAUCGACGACGGGAUUCGCGUUGGCGCCGCCGCAGUUCUUUGUGCCGAUUCCCGUUCGAAGCCUCUUGUGAUUUGUCAGCGAUGGCCAAGAAGAGGAAGUCCACUACUUCAAGCCUUGACGAGGUGGAUCGGACCAUGUAUGCGUCCUUUUGCAGUGCGGCGAAUUCUCUGUCACAACUUUAUACACAGGCUAUGAACCACCAGAAGCUUUCGUUCCAGGCCGGGGAACGCCACGGCCUCGAAAAGCUUUAUCAGUGGGUCAGGAGACAACAAGAAGGAGGAUCAAGGGUUACAACAGUUGAUAUUGUCAACUACAUUCAGCAUGAACUGGAUUAUUGUGGAGAGGAGCCAUCUCUGUCUCCCAGAGCUCCCCUGCAACAGCAUCAGUCUCAGACAGUUAUGCAUGUUAAUAGUUCAGGUUUCCCAGUGACUUCAGGUUCUUCUGGCCAAACUAUUCUGGGGCAGGGAUGUGAUAAUCAAUCAAAGAAUUCCGUGUUUUCUAAUGCUUUGUCAAGCCCUGUUCGUCGAAGUCUCCAGCACUAUCAAAUCGGCGAGGGAGGUUACUACCCUAGUGGUCUUUCCAUGGCCAACGGAAACCGUAACAGUGAACCUGGCUUUCUGCAUCAGCAAAACAGGGAUUACACUGCUUUUAGUUCCAAUGAUUCUGCCAUGGACAUGCAUGCUGACUAGUGUUUGCCAAUACACAAAUUCUUGUUUGACAAAGCCUCAUGAAAUACCUGCAGAAGAAGCGAAUACCUAUGCCAUCCUAGUGUUUAGUUUGGGUCCGAAAUGUUUUGUAAAGCUUUUUUCUUUUUUGAUUUAUAGCUUAUAAGCUUUCUAAUUUGUACCUUGGGGGUAUCUUUCGCUACCUUAGACAGCUUUUUCAAUGUAGGGAAUGCUUCUGUCUCCAGUUGCCUGUGUAAAUUUGCUCUUUCUGCAAAUUUAAUCUGCAAGAUAUAGCGGGUAA